CGAUUUUACUUAAGUUUUGGUUACAAAAUAGGUACAAAUCAGGUAUUUUAAAACUGAAGAACCGAUUUUAUUGAUGUUUUGGUUAUAAAAUAGGUAAAAAUCAGGUACUUAAACUGAAAAACCGAUUGGUACCCGAACCCGAAAGUAUAUUGGGUUGUACCGGUUCUUUGAAGAUUCACUAACCCCGACCCGAACCCGAUAGAACCCGGACCGGUCCCGAACCGAACUUUCAUAUAAUCCGAAUGGGGCUGAUUUUGAUGAACCCGAAAAACCGAAACCCGAUUGGAUAAAACCGAAACUCGAUUGGGACCCCGAAUGCCCGGGCCUAAUUAUUAAAGACAAGACAUCCGUUGAAAUUUGCUUAAAUAUUAAAUACCCGUAUACAUUAAAGAAAGAAAUUACAAGCUGUAGACUUUAGAAAUGAAUUAAUCCUAAAGAAGAAAUAUAACGUGCAUAAGAUUCUGUUUUCAGCUUUUGACCUUGUGUUGCUUUUAAGUUUUAAGAUCAAGAAAAUAUCAAAACAAGAAAAGUCUCAGGUCUCCAAUGGCAGAGCCACAACCAUACCAACGUCCUCCUCAGGUGUUCAUCAGUUUCCACGGAGAUGAAUUGCGUGACAACUUCAUCAGAUAUCUUGUGUGGGGACUGAGAGACGAAAGACUCAACCUUUUCAUUGACAGAGGAGAAGCAAAUAGGAGAGAGAUACGAAACGUUUUCACAAAGAUCGAGGAUUCAAACAUCGCGGUCGUCAUCUUCUCCAAGAGGUAUACAGAGUCAGAGAUGUGCUUGAACGAGCUUCAAAAGAUUCACGAACACUCUGAACAAAACAGACUCUUGGUGAUUCCUGUGUUCUACGAUGUGAGCAAGAGGGACGUGAAGAGCCUCGAGGGUGAAUUCGGCAAUCAUUUCAAGGAAAUGAGGGAGAAAUAUAAAAAUGACCCUCUUAGGAUCCUGACUUGGGAGGAUUCCUUGAGUUCAAUAGCUGACACAACCGGUUUGACCUCAGAAGAACACGGAACGGGAUUAGGUCUUGUCAGAGAAAUAGUUAGCACGGUUAAAAGCAAGCUACUAAACUCCGCUGGAGGAAGAAGAAGACGAAGUAUGUCGAUCGGACUAGUGUUUGUUUUGGCUUCAACUGCGGUUUUCCUCUUUAUUAUCUUCAUAGCGCGUAAUUUUUGCGCUGAUGUGAGAAUUUACAAGGCUGUUAAGUGUUUGCUAGGUGUUCCGGUUUUGGUUGGUGUCUUGCACCAGCUUUAUUGUCUAUCAACACAUAACAGAUAAAUAGAUAAUAUCUCUUGAUCGA